UGGAGGUAGGACCUGUUUUGUAGGCCUGUUCCUGCCACCCAGCAGCCAUGGACCCCCUCCCAGAGUACUCUCAAUUCCUGAUCCGGAUCCUGGAGGAGCUGGACACUAAGCACAACACCAUGUCCUACCAGGACCUGUGCAAGUCCCUGUGUGCCCGCUUUGACCUGGUGCACCUGGUCAAGCUCCGCAGCCUGCUCUUCUACACAGCUUGUCUGGAUCCUGCGUUCCCAGCCACACUCUUCAAGGACAAGAUGCGGUGCUCUGUAGAGGACCCGCAAUCCAAGAAGCUCAUAGUGGCUGCAGAUAUUGUCACCAUGUUCAACUUGAUUCAAAUGAAUGGAGGCAUAGCCAAGGACAAUCUCCCUGUAGUGCACAGGCCCAAGUUCCACAAGAACAAGUCGGUAGAGUUGUGCAGCUCUGACAAUGAUGCGUAUAAGUAUCAGGACUGUGACAGAGGGGCUAGUUACAAGCACAUCGAUCCCCCCAGGGAUGGACACCACCACCACCAACACCACCACCAUCACCAUAGUUCCCCUCAGCCGCACCCUGUGGGUCAGACUGCCUCUCCCUGCCCGAAACGAUCGGAGUGCAAUAACUGUCAGCCGUUUAUUCCCACCUCAGACCCCAACCUCCUUCUUGGGGUCAGCAAGGACCUGAAAUGUAGAGCAGCCUCUCUGGACAAACUUCACCAUUUGCCCCAGUAUCGAAGCAGCAGUCCGCCCUCUCCACCAUGUGAAAUGCAGAGGACAUACUUUCCCAUGGACAUCGACAGCGAGUCCACGACCGACCAGGAGUCUUUGCAGCAGAUUCGCCAUCCAGAGCCUUUCACUGUUCACUCCUGUGUCCAGAAGAGAAAUAUCUUUAAACAGGACUUCCACAACUUCAUGACCGUCUCACCACAGGUCGUCACCACUGAGAGCAAACAGGACAGUAAGGCUGCUCAUGGCUACCACAGGAGGGAGCUGCACAAGCCUGCCACUUUCUUCAACCACAGCUUUGAACUGCCUUACAACAACCCCUAUUUCGAGCCCACACUUAACUCCCCUCUCCAGGGCCGACAGAGGGUGAAGCACGAGAGCCUGGACGACCUACAGGCGUCCACGUACUUUGGUCCGACCACCAACUCUGAGUUCGUCAGCAGCCGGAAGCACAAUAACAAAGCAAGAAAGCAGCCGGCGUGGCCAGUGAAGAGCCUUAGUCUCAAUACAGAAGAGGGGCCUCCAGACUUUGAGAGGUCGUUUCUGAACAGCAAACCACUAAAAGACAACCACCAUCGCACUAUCAGCAUCAUCUGCACAGACAAUGAGCAACAUUUUCAGACCCUGAAGGAAAAUGUGGUAUCUUCCCCUUCUGCUUUUGCAAAGAAAAUAAAUGGAAUAAAAAACAAAGAUGUAACAAUGAUAGGAAGCGGGCCAGUGGGCAUGGACAAAAGAGAGGCAACCAAAAGAUUUAGGAACAAAAAUAUGAACAGUCCAUCCUUUCAGGGAGGGGACAGCUCCUCUAGUAUUGGGACUCAAACUGAGCAGGCUGAGCGGAAGAAGGUGAAGGAACAACCAGUUAAAUACCGUGACAGAGAGAGACAAGCCUUCAAACAAUCUGAUGAGGACUCUGAGAUUGUUAGUGACGACAUAAGUGACAUUUUUCGUUUUCUGGAUGACAUGAGUGUUUGUGACUCUCUGGGAGUUGUACAGUCAUCAUGCUACAACAGCACUGGGUCUCUUUCUCAGCUAACACUGAAGUCGGAAGGUGACAGCUCCCCUGAGCGCAACACGGUCAGACUAGCCAAGUCCAAGCUGGACCGCCUCUUCAAUUCACUGGAAAACACAGACGAUGAACUUAAGUCGAGUGUGUGCAAACUGGUGAUGAGGAUUGGUGAUAUUGAGAAGAAGCUGGAGUCUCUGUCGGGGGUCCGCAGUGAGAUCUCCCAGGUCCUCUCCAAGCUCAACAAGCUGGACGAGAAGAUCCAGGAGCCCGGGGCUAAUGGAAGGCAAAGAGAGACGGUGUCUGCAUCUGGGUGUAAUACAACCCCUGACAAGUCUCACCCAUGCACACAACAACAUCUCAAUGCCACUCUCUCACCUCACACUUUCCAGUGCCACACCACCGGCCACAAUAUCAAAGUGGACAAUGGCCCCCUGGGGGAGUGGUGCUGCUCGGAUGGGAGUAACAGUGGCAGCCUCAGGGUAAAAGCUCUGAAGAAGAGUAUGCUCACCAGGAGGUCAUCCCGCUCACUCGAUGAGGAGAACAGCGCCACUGAGUCAAAGGUUGCCAGCAUCACUAACUCUCCACGGGACUGGAGGACAGUGUCCUACUCCUGCCACCCUGGAGACAAGACCAAUGACAAGGUUAGAGAUGGCAAGGACAGACACCGGAAAGCCAAAGAGUGUCAAUAUGAGCUUCCCCAGGCCCACCUGACCCCCAACUCCCACCCGGCCCUUAUCGAACAGGUUUUCUCUCCACACCCCUUCAACCCCUCCAUCAAGGCCCAUGUGAAAGGCAGUCACCUGUACACUGACCUGAGGCUCACCAGUCUGUCAGAUGCCAAGCGCGGGCAGCCGUCCUGGACCAUCGAAGAGUAUAAACGCAACUCAGGAGAGAAAGGGAAGAAGUUCACAGCCCUGGACGUGCAGACGCAGGAGUGCUUAAACCCAAACAACGUGGAGUACUGGAUGGAGGACAUCUACACACCAGGCUAUGACUCACUGCUCAAGAGAAAAGAGGCAGCGUUCAGGAGGGCUAAACUGUGUAAGCUCAGUGCACUGAUCGCUGCCGCUACCUGCACCGUGAUCCUGGUCAUCGUUGUUCCAAUUUGCACCAUGAAAUCAUGAAAGUGCUGAGAUGGAGGACACACUUUUACGUCCUGGUCUGUUUGUGGACAAGGUAAUUGUGUAGCAGAUUUACCAACAACAUGAACAUGUUGGGAAAUGAUUACUUUAUGUUUUUUUUGCUUUUCCAACAGCAUUUAGUUCUUGUGGUAUUUUUUGCCGAUAAAAUGGUGAAGGCAGAUAGUUUACCAUAGAAAUCAAUUCAGCAAGUGCAUAAUAUAUUAAUAUAUGUGUUGUCAUACAGUGUGGACAGUUGGAAGCUCAUUGAUUUAAUUGUCUGUCUUAAACUACUGCAGCAGCAGUUGAUCCCAGAAUAAAAGAGGAUUUGUUGAUGUAGCCAACAUAUGAUGUCUUAUUUUUCGUAUAUUUUCUGUACAGUGUAUUUUGAUCAAAGUUAUUUUUUAUGAAUUAUCAAGUUGAAUGUAAGAAUUUAUCCGUCAAUCACAGCGAGCAUUUUAAGUAACACUAUUUGUUCAACACAUUUUUCUAAAUAGAAAUAUAUUUAAGUGCUUUAGUCGAAGUAGAGAUAGACUUCUACAGAGAAUGCAGACACAGUAUGACUACACAGCCAAACUGAAUGUAUUGAUUGUAAGCCUACUUACAUUGAAAGGCAUGCACUAAGGAGCUACUUAAAUGUUGCUGCCUUUUUUUUCUUCUUUUUCUGAAUUAUAAAAGACAUCAACAGUUACACACAAACAUGCUCCUCUUCCCAAAACCAUAAAUGUAUUCUUUUGUACAUCACUAUCUAUCAGGCCAGCUCUCCAUGCCACACAAGACACUAAAGAGAAAAAAUAUCCCUCUCCGAGCGGGUUUCUCCAUCCAUUCAUUGCUGCAAUCUCCUUAAAUGCCUUAAAAUGCAAACACUAUUGAAGCUCUAACAAGCCCACCUCUUACCCAGCCCAUUCCCAUACCUGGAGACCCAUAGUUUAGCUUCAAUAGAUAGUCAAAAACUGGUAAACUUAUUUAUAAUGUAGUACAUGUUAGGUGAACAAAUUAGGCUGGUGUUCUACCUAAUUGUCAUCAAAUUCUAAAGAUGUGUUAUCUUAUUUUACUCCAUCUGUUAAUAGACUACUGUUACUUUAACAGAAAUAAACAUUGUACUGAUGGUGACUAUUUUCGGUGGUGUACUAAUACAGAUUUCAUAAUCUAUUCAGUAUUUUUGGCAGCAAGACAGUGUUUGUGGUAUUAAGUUAUUAAAAAAGAGAACACAGUUCAAGUUAAUGAAAAAAGAUGUCACCUGGUACCAGAGUGUGAGUUUUAAAUACAUUUUUGAAAAAAGAAAAAUGAAAUUGUUGAUAAAUGUGAUGCAUUUUUUCAUGUUCUUCUAAUCUAAACUAGCACUCAAAGUGUUUUACAUUAGGGUCACUUUAACCCAUCACUUUUCACUUUUCAACCCAAUUUUAAUUGAUCACACCAUAAUCUCAAGGCACAUUUCAAAGAGAGGUUGAGCCUUUACAAUAUUUAUAGUUGACUGGAGGAGCCAGCUAUAAAGGGCACCUGAUGUUAAUGAGCAACUCAAUCUACCUCAUGAGCCACAGCCCCCCCGUGAGGGACAUAUCAUACUUUAAACGGACACACAAUACUUGUUAGUAGGAUCACUUUAUCAUUGGUUUGUGCUUGCACUUGGGUUUGUUUGACAAUAGUAAAGAUACAGCAUGACACUAGCCUUAUCCUUUAACCUCCAUGUGAAAGAAAACCGAUACUUUAACUUCCUUAGAGCCCAGUAAACAUUAUUUUGACCUCUGCACACCUCCACCAUACAAUGUGCAUCAACUCAACACAACAGCCCUGCGAUAACUACAAUGAAUCUUCACGGGAGAAGAUUGUAUUUAUCUCUGCAGUUUUUUUUUUUUUAAUGCUGCAGUGGUAUUGGACACAAUUAUGUUGAGAAAUGUUCAAAUAUGAUUUUUCCCCCUGUGUAUAUAAAUUACACAAAAUAUUCAAUGUGCAUUUCAGUGUAAUCCUUUGACCUUGAUAUUUAUGAAACAGAAAAUAUAUAUGUACACAGCCACACAGCCAUAACAUGGUAAAUCCAUGUACCAGCAAGAUAUGUAUGACCGUGAUUUAUGAGGGUCUGGUGCCUUGAUUGGUCGGAUAAACAACCAGAGCUACAAAGAUAGGUUUAGGAAUGGGAAGGUCAUCCUUCUGCAAUGCUAUCUACCAAACUGAAUGUCAGACGAAAACACAUGAGGUAGAAAUGAGGUAGAUGGCUAAACAGGUUAUUGUAAAUUGUCAGAUACAAAUUACUUAUAAAUAAUGUUGGAUAUAUCGUCACUUACAUUUGAAUUGUUAAAGCAGAACUCAACAAAACAACCAGUUGUUUCUCUUUUGGGAUACAUUUAGAGUAUUUAAUGGUUGUAAAUGUUUUGUGUUUUAUACUUUUUUUUAUCAUACAAUUAAUAUCAAUCAGAUCACUAAAUAUCCUUCAGGAGGGCUUUAGGAUUGUCUCUAUGAUCUGAUUUGGCAAUAAGUUUUUUGCUCUAUUUUGUAAUUUGAAAACUGGGUUUGUAUGCAUUUCUCUGUAUUUCUACACAGUUGGUGUGGCAAGGAACGAUACUUUGUUGUAAUUUAACUGAUUUUAAUUUAUAUAUUUAAUUUAUUUAUGUAUAUUAUAGUAUAAUGUAUAAUGACAACUAAAAACUAAGUUUCUUUUUGAGUUUCUGUACAUUAUUUUCUUAUUCUGUCAUCUGUGAUAACUAUAUGUAUGCAUGAAUCAAUGAACAAUGCACUCCAGUACACCACCUGCAGAGUGACCAUCCAGUGACAGGAUACAACCAGGCUGCUGAUAAAUCUAGAUCUCGUCAUGAGGCAGCUAGUAGUUUUCAUUUUUCCACGACUUAAAUUAGACAGAUUAGAAAUUCCCAUAGUCUGAACUCUACAUCAGCGCAGUAUUGACGUUCUGCAAGUGACGUCACAACCUCUCAUAGCUGCCAUACUAACGGCAGACAUAAUGUUACUCGCAGCACUGUUAGCACGUACAGUAAAUCAAUAAUUCUGACUGAGGGGAGAUCUUUAUAAUAUGUCCCCUGUUUUUUGUUAAAAAAAAAGAAAAAAAAAGAGGUCAAAAUACAACCCACAACCCAAUCUCCAUGUCAUUAUCAUUUAUUUAUUUAAAACCUCGGAAAACCCAUUGAGGUGGAACCCUAUUUUUGAAUUGUGCCAAGGUUAAGGAAUAUACAAACAUACAGGGAAUACCAUCAAUUUCUAAUCAAACAGCAAUAAAGUAAUGCGCGGUUUUACCAAUUAAAAUAAGUUAAAAAUAAAUUAAAAGUGCAAUGUUCACAAGUGUAUACUGUAAUUAAUGAAUAAAUACAUAAAAUAAAAAAUAGACGACAUAUGGUAAAGUCAGCUUGAAGUUCUGUUAAAGUCUAUACCAAGUGUGUGUCAAAAAAGUCUGAUUUCCCCAGCUCUGUGUGAAUUUCCGCUAAUGCAUUAAUCUCAUGUAUUCCUUUCUGUUAAAAAUCACCAUUAUGUAAUGUGGAUUGUAAGCAUUUAUGCGCUAGUGUUUGGGAGAAAGCUACACAGCUACUUUGUCCUUUUCAUUUGGACCCACCAACUUAUACUGAACAGUAUUCAUGUUCAGUAUUCAGAUAUUUUCUGCAGAAAAUAUUUGCGAAAUGGCAGAUUUGUUAAAGAAGAUGUAGUGCAAUGAGUUGGCUCGAUCAUAACUUUAAAUAAGUUAGGGUUGAUUUCUCACACACACACACACACACACACACACACACACACACACACACAAUUCAAAAGGGGUUAUGGAGAAAAGAGCAUUUGCCUGUGUAUAUGUCACUAAAGCAGUUUUAUGUCAACAUUAAGUCUGCAGAGGGUUACUGUUACCGGCUCCAAUUAGGGAAACAAAUGGGGCACAUUGUGCUGAAUGAACCUGAACAUUAUAUACACUGUAGGAGGCCCUGUUCACAGAGCCAACACUUAGACAUCAUCGAGGUCGAGCUAAAGUCACAUGGCGACAAAAGAUAUUUUGUGGGGAUUACGUCCUUGUUGCCCCUCAUAGUUUAUCUCUGAUACCAGUCAUUUCUGCCAAUGCAGGAGGAAGUGUGUACCAUCACCAUGGUCUUUCGUAACCUUAACGGUGUUAUAGCUGCAUGUGCAGAUGUAGAAAGAACUGUAGGAAUCAGACAAGAAAAGAAAAGAUAACACAUUUGUUCACAACCAGGUUUUUUCAUAGCUAUUUUCUGUUCUUGUAAAUUUGUAUUGGCUUACCUGAGCAGGCAAAGACAUCAAAUGUAUGCAUCUGUCUUAUGUUUCUAAUAUGUUGCCUAUAAAAAGCUCAGUUAAAACAUUUAGUCAUACAAAAAAAAAGUAGCCUCAAUAAGUGAUCAUCUGAUUUACCCCUCUGCAUUUCAAUAUGAUGCUGAUGGUGAAGUCACUGCAAGACCUCAAUAGUGCAGUGCACCCAGUUAAGAAUUCUCAUCACUCUGUACUAGACCACAUAUACUAAGAUUUUAAAUCUGAACUGCUUCUUGUCUAGAGCGAAGAGAGAUUGUUAGUCCUUUGAGCAGAGAGCCAGUGUUUCUCUCACUUGUCACCUUCCAUUGGGUUUGAUCUGCCUUCAGCACAGAGAAUGUGAGCUGCAGCAGACCAGGAGAGUGCAAAUAGCUCCAGGUUUGAGGCACAUUGUGGGACCAGGUGUUUGC